AUGGAGAGCACAGAGAGGGUCAACAGUCCUCCCAUGGAGUCUAUGGGCAAUGACAACCCUCAAAAAGAACGAACUCAAACCCAACCCAACGGCAAAUUCCGCUUCAAAAGCAGCAGCUCUCGCUCAAAACACUCCUCACGCAAGCGCCACCACAGCCCAAGCUCAAGCAAACCCAGAGAAAGGACUCACAAACGCCGCCCACCCCACCGUCCCUCAAGCCAUGUCCAAGACAACCCAGAUUCACAAUCCCGCUCCCUCUCCCCCGGCGCCGCAUUUCGCGAAUCCCUCUUCGACGCAAUGGGCGACGAUGAAGGCGCCGCAUACUGGGAAGGAGUAUAUGGCCAACCAAUCCACACCUACGCGGUCCCCGAAAAAGAAGGACCAAAUGGCGAACUUGAGCAGAUGAAUGAAGAGGAGUACGCUGCGUACGUUCGCGCACGGAUGUGGGAGCGCACACGCGAGGGCAUGCUAGAUGCACAGGCGAAGUGGCGCGAGGAGCAACGGAAGAAGAAGAGUCGUGACCGUGGACGAGCAGAGGAUGCGGAGCGGAGAUCUUUUGAGCGGGCGAUGGAGGAUAGUCUGAGGCGGGGGGCGGAGCGGAAGAAGAGGAAGAGGUGGGGGGAGGUAUGGGAAAGUUAUCUUUCGCGUUGGGAGGAGAUUGGAAAGAUUGUUAAGGAGGGGGAGAAGAAGGAUGGGGAAGCGACUGCAACUACGACGAAACCUUUGCGGAAUUUACUGUUUUGGCCUGUUGAGUCUGGGAAGAGGGUUGAUGUUGCGCCGGCAUCCGUGGAGGAGUUUAUGCGACAUGCGCCUGAUUCCGCGGAUUUGGGAGUUAUUUUGAAGGCUGAGCGGGUGCGGUGGCAUCCUGAUAAGAUUCAGCAUCGGUACAGUGGGCUUGGGAUUGACGAUGUGGUUAUGCGCAGUGUCACCGAGGUGUUUCAGAUUGUGGAUCGGAUGUGGAAUGAGGAGCGAGAGCGGAAGGGUUGA